GUCUUCCAAGCUAAGAUAAUUUUUUGGAACUGCAGAAAUGAUUGGUCCUAGCUACAAAUGGGAAUUUGGAGUCACUCUGAAAUACGUUCUGGAAUAAUUGUGUUUGACUGGAACCAAAUCUUAUGAAGUCUCCAAGGAUGAGAGUCUAUGCUAGGUCCGUGUUGCUGUCGCACUGGCUCUUCCUGGCCUACGUGUUAAUGGUGUGCUGUAAGCUGAUGUCCGCCUCGAGCCAGCACCUCAGGGGACACGCAGGUCACCAGCAAAUCAAGCAGGGUACCUGUGAGGUGGUUGCUGUGCACAGGUGCUGUAACAAGAACCGCAUAGAAGAGCGAUCACAAACAGUCAAGUGUUCUUGCUUCCCGGGACAGGUUGCUGGCACAACUCGGGCUCAGCCUUCUUGUGUUGAAGCUUCUAUUGUGAUCCAGAAGUGGUGGUGUCACAUGGAUCCUUGUUUGGAAGGAGAGGAUUGUAAAGUGCUGCCAGACUACUCAGGUUGGUCCUGUAGCAGUGGCAAUAAAGUCAAAACUACAAAGGUAACACGGUAGUAAAGAGAGGUGUACUUCAAUCCUGGAGGAGCGACAGGAUGAAGAGCUCUCUUAUUUGGAUUAUCAUCCUAGCCACUUUGUGGGAAAUUGUCUUGGAUUUCAGCAACAUCAUAUGUGCAUAUGCGUGCCAUGAGGAGUGGCAUUCACUUAACUGUCCCAGCCCUCUGUGCUUCAUGGUUUUGUCACAUUGAAUUAUAAUCAGGAGCUGCCACACAAUUGACAUCCUAUCUGGAUCCCAAGGAACAUACCUCCAAGAAACCCUGGAGGAACAAACCACAGACUUCAGAAUGGGUUGCCACUAAAGAAUAUUGGGUCGUCAAUUUCUUUUGUUGUUUACAAAGGAAUGUGGACAUAGAUUUCAUAGGGUCCUCAUUCUUUUCUCUUUUAAACUUUUCCUUUAGCCCUUUCAUUAAAGUGUUUUGAAAGGGGUCUAAAUAACAAAAUAUUUUGGCAAAACAUAUUUGCAGAUGUAGGUUA